UUUAUGUAUAAUAUAUCAAAUCUGGCUCGCAAACACUGUUGUUUAAAGUUAAUUUCAUAAUUUCAGGCGUAUUAUAUUAUUGAUAGAUUAUAUUCAACCAUUGAUUUUGGACAAAUUUUGAUGUUCCUUGUUUACAAAUAAAAUAUAAAGCAUGGCAUUUUCAUUUAUACGACCCCUUAGAAGAGUCAUAACUAAAAAAUGUGGGGGUUACAGGAAAUUUUUGCUGGUUUCAGGAUCAUUAGCACUCAUUAUUUAUACACUACGUGUGUUAUUUGUAAAUGAUGGCAGACAAGUGUGGGAUGUAAAAAGUUUAUCUUCUAAUAGAUCAUCUCCUUGUGAUGUAAAAUGUUUACCCGACCAGUUUUCUUUUUAUAUCAAAACUGGAGAAAAAAGUUUAACAGUUAGUAAUGGGCCAAUAAUAUGCUUUCAAGGAACUAUGUAUAUGAGCCCAGAACAAAAUAAUGUGAAUCGAGGUUUAAACAUCGUUCUUGUUGAUACCAAAUCUCAAGCCAUCAAGUCUGUAUCAGUUUUUGACACGUACAUUGAUGAUUCAUCACUUUUAAGAUUUUUAAAGAAAGAUGCCAAAGAUGAAGACAUUUUGUUAAUAGCAACGUUUGAUGAUGCAUCUUACGGAUUAAAAGAAACAGCCCGUCAUUGGUUAACAUUGUUUGGAAGCUCACUCAUAACACAAGUUGGCUUUCGGGAAAAUUUUAUAAUGAUUGGACACAGAGGACUUGCCAAAGGAAGCGCUAUUGAAUAUUAUAUGGCAAAGCAAUCAAAAAAAGAAGAUAGUUUUGCUUUGCCUAUAGAAAAAGCUGGGUGCUUUUCAUUCCCAUUGGGCAAAAAAAUGAGUAUGGAAAACACUGUGCCUGAGGUGUUGAGAGACGGUGCCAUAAAGCUUGGUGAACGCCAUGAAAAUUGUGGUCUGACAGAACCUUGUCCUGUAGGCAGUGUGUCUGUGUUUGUAGACACAGGUCAUGGGAAUGUGCGAAAGCCAACUAUCUGCGUUGAUGGAUAUAUUCGUAUGGACAGUAAAACAAAUGAUGCUGGAAGAGGUUUUAAUGUUGUUAUUCUUGAUAAUGAAACUCUGCAGCCAUCUAGACUUUCUCAUAUGGAUACUUAUACCUUUGACAGCACAGAUUUGGAGCUAUUACUUGAGACACUUCACAUGAAUGAAAUAGUCAUAGCUGUCAUUGCAGAUGAUGCAUCUAACAAAUUAGGUCAGAGUGCACGUGACCUUCUCAAUAAAAUUGGGAGUGGCCACAUACAAAACUUACGUUUCAGAGAUGUUUGGUAUUUUGUUGGACAGAAAGGCAUUGAGGGGUUUACUAAAUUGGAACAGCUCAGUUUUGCAGCCUUUGAUGGUGGAUGGCCCAAACCACUUUCAUCCAUGUUUUGUAUUCCUAAGAAAGUUCCUACAACGCAAGUUAUGAUUGACCCAGAGUAUAAUCGCAAUGAUGAUCGAAGAAAUUUUUGUACCAAAUAUGAGGGCUAUAUUGAUUUUUGUGACCCUGCUCAUGUUGAUGAUGAAUUAAAGACCAUUCCUGUAUCAGAUAAAUAUUUGAAGGAUCACAAAAUAUUUGAUUUGCCUGUUAUUAUUGUGCCAGGGCUAAAUCAUAAUGCCUUUGUUCACACCUUGCAAACUACCUUGAUGCAGCCCGGACUUAAAACAGACAAUGUUGCUAUAUUUUGGGAUGAAAAGCUUCCAGAGUAUGGUGAACUAGCCACCAUGUUUGGGUUUCGCAACUAUAGUUUAGCCCCUAGUCGUACAUAUGCAGAACAAAUGUUGAAAGCUCUGAAACUGUCUAGAGUUCAUUUUCCCCAUUCU